AUGUUUGUUUUUUUGUUUUCUAUUUUUCGUCCGCAUGGACGCCAGUGCUUACUGCCCUGGUGGCUUCGCCCUUGCUACUUCCUAACUAGGUUUGCAGGGCAAUUCUCUAAUUACAUGAUUGCGUGUAGCGUAGCACCUGCACUUUUACAGCCAGUCCCCAAGGCUCAUUACUCCUUUGAUGUAUUACCGCCACUCUUGGGAUGCUACUCAUAG